AAUUCUUUCCUCCCUUUUGCCCACUGUCUUGUUUUCUCCGGUGAAAGCUUUGCCCAUUUUCUCAGAACCCUUUUUCUCCUCAUCUCCCCUUUGUUUUCUUGAUCUUCCUUUGUUUUCAAUUCUCUCCAGUGAGAAGAUGAGGUAUUUCAGUGGUCCCAUUUACAAACUGCUGAAAACCUUAGAGACAAGGUCGAUUCACUUUCGUCCAGGUAACACUUGGUCCGUGCUUGAGAAGAGAAUCAAGCACGGACGCAAGACAAGGUCGAAACAUGAAGAGAUUCUAAAGAUCUCUUCUAUUUGCACUUGUCAGAAGGUUGAGAGCGGUAAGGCUGUUUUGAAGGUGAAUCCUCUGGACGAGCAGCUGGCAAAGAAAUGCUUUCUAGCAGCUGAAGAACAGAGGAAGACUACAAGAGGAGGGACUGUAGGCGGGUUUGGGUGGGAUACUGCGUCCGUGCUUGAUUCUCUUCUCAAGCACGGACCAAGUGUUACCUGGAUGAAAGUGAAGGAAAACUUCCGCUUGGUUGAUCUUGAUAAAGACGAAACGAAAGAUAAAAUAAAGAAAUUCGUGGGUGCUAGUGGCAAUCUAGCAAAAAGCUCCGAUCUUGAGAAGCUUGAGGUGAAGAUUGGGAAUAUUGAAACACAGGUGUCGGAGAUCCUGAAAGUUUUGAAGAAAAAUGGAAAGCCAGGUGCUGAUGGAGAGAAGCGAGGCGGGGAAGUAUCUGUCUCCGAAUCGGAAUCUGAUGAUUAGUUUAUUUUUUAUGUCUUUGUUUAGGAUUUUUUGUGUUUAAAAUCUGCUAGUGUUAGUAAUAUUUUAAAGGUGUUGUUUAAGUUUUUGGACGAGUAGAUCACAUGAUAUUUACUUUGACUAAUAUAUAUUUUGGGUUUUU